UACAUCGAAGUGGCAGGAAACAUAGCAAUGCUGACACAUUGUCCCACCUCUAAUCCAGUACAACCAUGUGAGAAACGAAGAAGGGAGAUACAGAGAAGAAAUAAAAAGAGUAGAGUCGUCAAAA